AUGGUGGCCUCUGGAAAUGUGUCUUGGGUGACUGAAUUCCUUCUGGUAGGAUUAACAAACCAGCCUGAACUCCAAAUACCCUUGUUCUUUGUGUUUCUAAUAAUGUAUAUUGUAACUGUGUUUGGAAAUUUGUGUUUGAUAAUCCUUAUUGCACUGAAUUCACAUCUUCACACCCCAAUGUACUUUUUCCUCUUUAACCUGUCCUUCACAGACCUCUGCUAUUCUACUGUGUUCACUCCUAAAAUGCUGAUGAACUUUAUAUUAAGCAAGAAUGUCAUUUCUUAUAUGGGAUGCUUGACACAGCUUUAUUUCUUUUGUUUUUUUGUCAUUUCUGAGUGCUACGUGUUGACCUCAAUGGCUUAUGAUCGCUAUGUGGCCAUCUGUAAUCCACUCUUGUAUAACAUUAUCAUGUCUCCUAAACUAUGUUUGAACCUUAUGCUUGGCUCAUACAUGAUGGCAUUUUCUGGUGCCAUGGCUCACACAGGAUGCAUGCUGAGACUGACUUUCUGUGAUGAAAACACCAUCAACCACUACUUCUGUGACAUCCUCCCUGUGAUGCAGCUCUCCUGCACCAGCACCUAUGUCAAUGAGAUUGUAGUUUUCAUUGUGGUAGGCAUCAACAUCAUUGUGCCUAGCAUCACCAUCUUCAUCUCUUAUGGUUUCAUCCUCUCCAGCAUCUUCCACAUCAAUUCUGCUGAAGGCAGGUCCAAGGCCUUCAGCACCUGCAGUUCUCAUAUAAUUGCUGUUUCUCUGUUCUUUGGAUCAGGUGCAUUUAUGUAUCUCAAACCAUCUUCUUCUUCAUCUAUGGGCCAAGGAAAAACCUCUUCUGUCUUUUAUACUAAUGUGGUUCCCAUGAUGAAUCCAUUAAUCUACAGUUUGAGAAAUAAAGAUGUAAAAAUAGCCCUAAGAAAAACUCUGAGUAAAUGGAAAUUUUGA